AGCGUUAACAUUGAUGUGGAUGUUGUUACAGUUGACGCGCCCUGCAGAUAAACAUGACUUCUUUUGGAUUGUGAAACAUAAUCUGAAUAAGAAAUGACGCCAGGAAAGGAGUUCGCUCUUCUUGUGGUAUUCCUACUUUCGUCUAUCCAUGAUGUGAAGGGCGAGUGCGUGGACAACAACAGCCAGUGUGACUACUGGGCGAGCGUGGACGAGUGCCUCAUCACCCCCGCCUACACGAUGUGCCAGUGCAAGAAGGCCUGCAACGAACCCAGCACCUGUGACCCCACAAGUUCGAACGACACGAGGUGUGAAUGUCGAAGUUUGGCCCUCCAAGGCCAAUGCAGCAUCCCGGCGAUCAGGGCAGACUGCAGCACAACCUGCGACCACAGAGACCGAUUGGAAUGCUUAGAUGCACCUAGCUUUGAUCAUGCGCACACGGUCCCUAUAAAGAGUAAAUACUUCUUCCUCGACACCGUCAACUACGAUUGCGACGAAGGCUACUACAACGUCGGCUCUAAGCCUGCCUUGGUGUGCAACGAGACUGCGCAGUGGAAGUACGCUCGCAGGGUCACCUACCCCGACUGUAUACUGAUAGAAUGUACAUCUCCCCCAACUCUUGCGCAUGCAUCAUGGGAAGGAUCUUCCUUUGACUACAACAACUCAGUAGUGUACACCUGCGAACUUGGGUACGAGGCUGCAGCCGGAAAUGACGUCAGAACAUGUAACUCCAGCAAGAUGUGGUCGGGCGACGACCUCGUGUGUGAAAGAGUGACCUGCGGCGACCCGCCCCCUUUCCAACACGCCGUCGUGACCUUCAACCUCGUGGAGGCGACGUACACGUGCGACACCGGGUACAAAGCCAGGACGCCAUCAGCUGUCAAACUGUGCUCCGUCUACGGCAACUGGACGGGGCCGGAUCUCGAGUGUACACUUAUAUCCUGUGGUGACCCCCCGACCUUGAACAACACGGGAGUGAUGAAUGUCAACACCACCUUUCGGUCAGAGGCGAUGUACACGUGUUCAAAGGGACAUAACUCUGUUGGGGGAGAGGCGAUAAAGGUGUGCGCGGAGAACGCGUCGUGGACGGGAUCGGACCUUGUUUGUGAAGCUGUAAGCUGCGGGCCUCCUAUUGACGUGGAGAACACUGAGUGGUCGGCCCAGCUCCACAUCUACCAAUCAGAAGCCGCAUACAACUGUGUGGUUGGGUAUGAACAGACGGGUGGACAUGGCGUCAAGGUUUGCAUGGAGACGGGGGCGUGGGACGGGAACGAUCUGCAAUGUGAAGUCAGACGUUGUGGUACUCCGCCAUUGGUAGCCAACGCUGACGUCACGAACACCAACGACACCUAUCUCUCUGAGGCCAGCUACACGUGCAAAACAGGCUAUAACCGCACCGGAGGUGACGUCACCAAGUCAUGUGACCAGACAAGCAGCUGGCAAGGGUCCGAUAUCGUGUGUACAGCCGUGGAUUGCAGCAUCCCACCCAGUGUGCCCAACACCGACAGGGUCUACACCAACACCACCUACCGGUCUAUUGCAGAGUAUAGCUGUCUCAAGGGAUAUAACUCUUCCAUGACCAAUUGGACCAUCACCUGCAACGAGACAACAGAAUGGGUGGGCGCCCUACCGACGUGUUAUAUUAUUGACUGCAACAGUCCACGGGAAGUAGCGAUGGCUGACGUCACAGUGCGGGGAACCACCUACCAAUCAGAAGCGACCUAUACGUGUAACCAGGGAUAUAACUUGGUGGGCGGAAGCAGCAAGAAGACAUGCGCAGACACUGGUCACUGGGAGAGUGCCGACUUCAGCUGUGAAAUUGUGGACUGCGGACCUGCGCCGGAUGUAAACAAGGCUAAGUACGUCAGUACCGGAAGCGCGUAUGAGGCCAACGCCAACUACUCCUGCAUUGUGGGAUACAAGGAAGCAGGUGGCCGCGCCGGCAAAGUGUGCACGGAGUUCGGCAGAUGGAGCGGUGAGGAUCUCAACUGUACAAUCGUGACUUGUGCCAAAGCACCGGAAAUAGGCCACGCCCACCUGACCGGUAACUAUACGCCUACAUACCGAUCAACCGCCACGUAUUCCUGUGACCUUGGGUACGACGAAGAUGGCGGGAACACCACGCUUGUCUGCACUGAGGAGGGCGUGUGGCAUGGGAUGAGGUUAAAAUGUAAAGAGAGACCAUCGGCUGCUGAAGCCAUCGGGGUCAUCAAGAAAUUUGAACCUGUAGCUGUCGAGGCUUCCGGGUCCGUUGGAUUCGGCGUGGUGGCGUACAGCAUCAUGGGAGUUCUGCUGCUCGUGAUGCUGUUGCUGGACCUGGCCACUUUCUACAAGCAUCUCAUGUACAUGAAGGAGAACGUGAAGGACUUCUGGGAGAGCAGGAGACCCGCCCGGUCCAUCUCACUCCCCGAGAAGCACAGAACAUACAGCUCGGAGGCUUGAGUCGGCAGUGGGGGGAGGGGUGACAUUACAUACAGCUCAGAGGCUUGAGUC